AUGGAUCAAAAUUUUUAUCUUAACCUGCAGACUAUUGAGGACAUAAGAAUUCUCUUAUCACCGCUACAACAACAACAUGGCCAAUUGAAAUAUCUCUCGUGUCAAACUACGAAUGAGAACUCUCGUUCCAUCGAUGAAGUAUCAAAAAUAAUUAUGUACUAUCUGAAGGACCAACUAGGGAUGUAUAAUAUUAAAAUAUUUAUUGCAGACAAUAAUUUCAACACAAAACAUAACUUUUUGCCAAAGUUUAUAACGUGUUACAAAUAUUUACUAUUGAAUACGAAUUUUUCCUCACAAUAUCUUCUCAAAAAAGACAUGAGAUUUGGCCACGUAGUCGGUUUAUGGCCCACUCUAUCACCUUGUCUCUUCGUACAGAUAUUAUGGUACUCGCGAUGCGAGGAUUUGCUGAUUGAAUCGAUCGUGCACAUACCAUUGGAUUUAUGCGUGGAGAUCUUACAAAUAACGAUUGAACAUAUAAAUGAAUUGACACUGUUACGAGCCAGACGCCUUAUUCUCCUUCUAAUCUACAAAAUAUACUAUAAAUUCUGGAGAAACAUCGUUGAUGAUGAGAACACUAUGAUCUCCCUACAUCGUGCUAUCAUCAUUGAAUGUCACUAUCUUAACGAAUUUAUAAAACAGAAUAAUUUUUUGAUGAAAAAUGAACAAUUAUUCCUUUGCCUGAAGCAACUUAUAGGGUCAAUGAAAUCCGAGGAAUCUAUUUUAACUCUUCAAGAACUUUGUUAUGACAUCGCCAAGGGCAAGUUGCAUGGUAUAAAGGAACUAAUUAAACGCUAUAAAGAGUGGGACCUGUAUACAUUAGAUUUUAUAAGACAGAGACACGAUUUGCACAGAAUCAUAUUACAAUACAUGAAGCGACAUUUUGACGACAAUUGCCUAGAAUAUCUGUAUAAUGAAAAGUCCUUUGACACAUUCUUACGACAAAAUUUAGUUGUUGAAGAAUUCAAUAAUUCGCGAUCAAUGGUAUACAUAUUGUUGUAA